UACAAGAAUAUAGAUUGUCGUUAUAAGAGCAUCGGUUUUGGGACUAGUUGACGAGAUGGGGGUUCGCAGCCCGGUCUUCGACUUCUUCAAGACCAUACUGGCAUCGCUCUGCUACAAGCCGCAGUUACACAGUACAGUAUUUUGCUCUAUCACACCGGUUAAGUGACCCCACCGAUGAAGCUCACUGUCGCUCUCUGACCGAUUCACGGAGACCUACUUCACAAGAUUGAGACGGCGUCUGAAGCUUAAGGGAGCCCGACCGGGUUGUGGACAGCUGAUGUAGAUCGCUCAUGCUUGAGGCAGUUAGAUCAUUCUAACAGCUAUUCUAACUUGGUGUUUACUGUAGGAUGAGCCCUAGGCGGCAGAAGAUCAAGCCGAGGCCCUCUGUGCUAGGCUACGGGAUACCGGGAGCUCAGUGCGCUCGAUCUCACUUCAGCGAAAGAGACUACGAGCUCGACGGGCGGACAGUCCGCCUCAAGGCACAGCUCACCGAGCUCUUCGCAGGCUAGACACCGUCGCAAGAGGAGCGCCUCUUUGCAUGCUCGGAAUCGUUCGCGAAGACACCAAGCUAGUGGAGGCGCAAGCCGAUCGAGAUGCGCUCACCGCUCUUGAGACGUCCAUUGAGUCCUCCAUGAUAAU